AUAUUCCGCUAGUCUAAUCACAAUUCAGUGCCAUUAUGCAACGUCACCGCGCAUUGCAGGGCUCCAGCAUUUAAGACCAGGAAUUGCAUUUAACCAGUGAUAUUUUAUUGUAACACUUAAGAUCAUACCAAAGCGCGAGACAGACAGGCAAAAUGCUCCGCAGCUGCCGCUUAACCCUCGCCGCCGCCAAGAGAAGCCUCCGGGAUCAGUUCCAGUUGCAAGUCCUUCGUCACCACCAAACCGCCAGCAAGAUGGAGAAAUUCGAUCUUCCCCAGCGAUUGCAGGGCAGCACGCCCAGUGUUUGGAACGAGUACAUUGCCCUGGCCAUGCAGUACAAGCCCUUGAACUUGGGUCAGGGUUUUCCCGAUGAUGCUGCCCCCGAGUAUGUGACCCACUCGCUGGCAGACAUUGCCAAGGACGAGAAUCCCCUCCUGCAUCAGUACACUCGCGGCUAUGGCCACGUUCGCCUGGUCAAUGCACUCUCCAAGUUGUACAGCGGUCUUGUCGGCCAGCAGCUGAAUCCCCUCAGCGACAUCCUCAUAACCUCCGGCGCCUACGAGGCUCUCUACUCCACCAUCAUGGGUCAUGUGGAUGUGGGCGAUGAGGUCAUUAUCAUUGAACCCUUCUUCGACUGCUACGAACCCAUGGUCAAGAUGGCAGGCGGUGUGCCACGUUUUAUUCCCCUGAAGUUGCGCAAGACAGAAGGUCCCAUUAGCUCGGCGGACUGGGUGCUGGACGAUGCCGAAUUUGAGAGUCUUUUCAACUCCAAAACCAAGAUGAUUAUACUGAACACACCCCACAAUCCCAUUGGAAAGGUCUUCAACCGGCAGGAGCUGGAACGAAUUGCCGAGCUCUGCCGCAAGUGGAACGUGCUGUGCGUCUCGGACGAGGUGUACGAGUGGCUAGUCUUCGAUGGAGCAGAGCAUAUCCGCAUCUGCACGCUGCCGGGCAUGUGGGACCGCACCAUCACUUUGGGUUCCGCUGGCAAGACCUUCUCAGUGACCGGCUGGAAGAUCGGAUGGGCCUACGGUCCCGCCCCGCUGAUUCGCAACCUGCAGAUGGUGCACCAGAACUCUGUGUACACCUGUCCCACGCCUCUGCAAGAGGGUGUGGCGCGCAGCUUUGAGGUGGAACUGGCGCGACUGGGACAGCCGGAAAGCUAUUUCCUCAGCCUGCCGCGCGAGCUGAAGGAGAAGCGCGACUUCAUGGCCAAGUUCCUGUCCGAGGCAGGCAUGCGUCCAACCAUUCCCGAGGGCGGCUACUUCAUGCUGGCCGACUGGUCGCCGCUCACGGACAAGGUCGAUCUGAGCUCGGAGCCCGACAAGCAUCGGGACUACAAGUUCACCAAGUGGAUGACCAAGAACAUGGGCCUGCAGGGCAUCCCGCCGAGCGCCUUCUACAGCGAGCCCAACAAGCCUCUGGGCGAGAACUUUGUGCGCUACUGCUUCAUCAAGAAGCAGGAGAACCUGGACAAAGCAGCCGAGCUGCUCUCCAAAUGGAAAUAGUCAACGGCCGGACAAUAAACGAUUCGCUAUCAA